CCUGUAAUUAUGUGAAAGAAAAAGGCUAAUUCAAUAGCUGGACGCUGGAGCGUGGAGGAGCUCGUUGAUCUUUAUUUUAGUAGCUGGCUAGCCGCUGCCUGCUGGUUAUUGAGUUAUCUUGCGGAAGGGUUUUGUUCUUAGUGUUGAGGUUAUUCUAGCAAUGGGGAAGGGUUCAAAACCAAAGGAUGCAGGAGGGAAGGGCAAAGGGAAGCAGGCGGCAGGUGCAAGUGAUGAUAGUGCUUCAAAGGGCAAAGGGAAAGCUGGAAAAGCAGAUGGACUUGGCACCUGCACAUAUGUAAAAGCAAGGCAUAUCUUAUGUGAGAAGCAAGGUAAAAUCAAUGAAGCAUACAAGAAGCUGCAAGAUGGUUGGCUUAGCAAUGGAGACAAAGUCCCACCUGCUGAGUUUGCAAAGCUGGCAGCAGAAUACUCAGAGUGUCCUUCUGGAAAGAAGGGUGGAGACCUUGGAUGGUUUCCACGUGGAAAGAUGGCUGGUCCAUUCCAGGAAGUUGCCUUCAGCACAUUUGUUGGAGCUACCAGUGCACCGUUUAAAUCAACUCAUGGAUAUCACAUAAUUUUAUGUGAAGGGAGAAAGAAUUGAUGUAAUGCAGUCAAGGGGCUCAAAACUGUAUGCUGUAGAUGGGUAUUGACAUCUUUUUACCUUGGAAAUCGAAGUGAGGUUAAUCAAUAUUGUGAUGCUUGAUUAGAAUACCCUACUAAGAAAGAGUUUCAUGAAUAUAUUAGGAGAUGAAUAUCUGAAUGUUGAUUAGUUUCUUUGCCUCCCCAUGUUCAUUUACAAUAAUGAGGAUGUAUUUAAGAGAAUUAUGAGAGAAACUCUUGGAGAUUUGAUGAAAUUAAGUUAUGUUUUUUUGGAUGUAAUACAAUGAAAUAAUCAGUAGUGUAGUUAAAUAAAAUGUAACGGUUAAUUUCUGUUUA